AUGCAUCUUGAGGCCGCUUUCCUCUUGCCUUUAUUGUCAUGGAGCGUGACAGCUUCACCUUUUGAGAAGCUGCAUGGCCUGAAUGAUACGUCGUUCGCUCAUCCAGGCUCUCUUCACUCCGCGAAAGAUUUCGCAAGAAUCAAAAACCAUGUUCAAGCCCAGGAUCAACCCUGGUACCGAGCCUGGCAGCAUCUAGAAGCCGGAAAAUUGGCUCAGACCUCGUGGAAGCCAACGCCGCAGUCGGUUCUUGUCCGUGGCACAAACGCCACCUUUGCGCCCACCAACAACUACGGCUAUGCCUAUCGCGAUGCUCACUCAGCGUACCAGUUGACCAUUCGAUGGCUGGUUGGAGGUAACACUUCCUACGCAGACCACGCAGCCAAGAUCCUCGACGGCUGGAGCUCUACCCUUGUCGAUAUCAACGGCACUGAAGACAAAUAUCUCGCGGCAGGGCUCUACGGAUACCAGUUUGCCAACGCCGCCGAGCUCCUUCGUGGAUACUCCGGCUGGCCCAAGCAGAACCAGACGGCCUUUGGCAAAAUGUUGAACGGCGUCUUUGCGGUGUACAACCACGACUUCCUCGAGCACCACUACAACAAACCGGAUUUCUACUACGCCAACUGGGACUUGUGCAACAUUGCCUCGUUGAUGGCGAUUGGUAUUUUCAACGACAACAGAACCAUGUACAAUUACGCGGUCAACUACUUCAAGAACGGGAUUCCGGGCCAGCCCGAGGUUGUGGCUAAUGGUGCCCUGCCCUAUUUCUCAAUCGCCAACUUCACGGAGCAGGGUAGCGGAAAGACUCUGAUGCAGAUCCAGGAGUCUGGCCGUGACCAGGGGCAUGCUUUACUCUGCAUCGCUCUCAUCGGAGUUAUCGGGCAACAAGGUUGGAACCAGGGAAUUGAUCUCUUCGGCACCUUUGGCCGCCAGAUCCUGAACGCCGCCGAGUAUGUUGCCAAGUACAAUACCAACCACACUGUUCCUUACACGCCUUAUCGUAGCUGGGAAGGUGUGCUGGAGGUCGUGGCCCCAAAAGCUAGAUUUGAUGUACGACCUGGUUAUGAAGCUCUCUACUCCCACUACGCGGAAGUCAAGGGUCUCAAUGCCUCAUGGUCAAUGGAGUUCCGUGACUUUGUCAAUGGCAACCUGACCGCCAACAUUGAAGGCGGCGGUGGUGACUACAGUCCGAACUCGGGUGGGUAUGAUUCGUUCGGACAUGGAACUUUGCUGUAUCGCAUCGAUAGAGAUAGUUAA